AUGGCAGAGGAAUCGCCCCCAGCAGACAGACACAUGUUGCUGCCUCUCAGGCUGAGCAGAACUCAGUUCAGACACGUUCGGCCGGGAGGAGCAGAGAAAGGGAGAGAGAGAGAGAGAGAGUCCAGACAGGCGUUUCAUGCUCUGCUCGACAUGCCACCCCAGAUGGAUUACUUUUACCACGAGUCCCGAGUCCCAUCCGCUUGCGGGCUUACCCGGGAAGAUGAGCUGGACCCCGGGGUCAUCAGCUGCAUGCUGGUGGGAGACGGAGCAGUCGGGAAGACGAGCAUGAUUGUCAGCUACAUCUCUAAUGGAUACCCGACAGAGUACCAGCAGACGGGGUUUGACGUGUUCUCAGGUCAGGUCCAAGUAGAGGGAUCUCCAGUAAGAAUUCAGCUUGUGGAUACUGCCGGACAGGAAGAGUUUGAUGAAUUCAGGGCCCUUUCCUAUGCCCACACGGACGUCUUCCUGCUGUGUUUCAGCAUGGUCAACCCCACCUCCUUUCACAACAUCACUAAGAAAUGGGUCCCCGAGAUCCGGGCCCACAACCCAUCCUCGCCCAUUAUUCUUGUCGGGACUCAGAUGGACCUGAUGCUGGACGUGAAUGUCCUCAUCAACCUGGACCAAUCUAAAGUGAAGCCAGUCCUGAGCUCUCGUGCUCGGAGCAUGGCAGACAAGAUCAGGGCGACGGACUACGUUGAAUGCUCGUCACUGACGCAGAAGAACUUGAAGGAGGCGUUUGAUGCGGCUAUCUUUGCUGCCAUAAAGAACAAAGCCCGCAAGAGCAAGAAGAGGAGGUUUUCGGACAGGCGCACCAAAGCCUUCUCCAGGUGCAGCUGGAAGAAGUUCUUCUGCUUCAUCUGAACUCUUUAUGUUUACCCUGUGGGUUUUUGGACAAAAUGUUUAAUUUAUUUUAAUGCUUUUCUUUCACUUUCAUCACUCAUACAAUUGAUAGUUUACUCAGCUUUUGCAAACAAAUGUGAUUCAUUUUUGUAUUGUAUGCCAAAAGAAAUUUGGAAUUAGAUCAAGAGGAUUCUGGGUCGUUCACAGUGCAUGUCCUUUUGCAUCCUCUAUCGGACUGAUGCAUAUUCACUGUUCAAAAAACAGCAUUUCUAUUCUUUUCACAAAACCUGCUUUAAUGCAUUACUUUUGGGAAGUUAUGGGAGAAGUUAUGGGAGAUUGGAAGGUAUUGACUGGCUGAGCACAGCCACAGAGAAAAAAGGCCAGGCCAAUAUGUAAAAGGCUGUGAAUUUGCAUGCUGCGUUGCCACCGUCUGCAACCUUCAACAUAAGCGAGGCCAAAACGGAAAGUGUCAGGACUGUGUGUUCGAGCCGAUGGGUGUGAGACUCCGCCAGUCUAAUUAUAUGCAGCAGCUGUAGGUUCUGGUCGCAGGAAGGAUUGCUGCAUUCUUGCCUUCCUGCAAGAGCUUCCCUGUCUGGUUUGGUUGGGUGUUUUAAAGUCUUAGCUAGCCGGCUAAGAAUCUUAACAAGUUGGCUGUUACUUUUACACCCCAUUUGUAUUACCGGGUGAUACAAAGGAGGAGGAAUAUUAUUGUUUUCUUAGAGAGUUCUGUAUCUUCACUGGCUUAAUCUUUCAGCCAGGAGAGAAGCAGGCUUGAAAAUCCUCUUGUUUGCGGGGAAAAGUUGCAGGAGAGCGGUAACCUUUGGCUUUUUGUCCCCGACUCUCAUCAAUCUGCAUCUGUAAAAGCAAGCACUGUAGGAGUCUGGGCCUCCACCCAGCAGAUCCUCCCCACCGCCAACACCAGUUUGCCUUACUCACCUCUUUAUCCACGAUAUAGAGAAGAAAAGAAUAUCAUUGUUGUCUCUGUUACAAGAACAAUGAAAAGCAGUUUGGUGUUCCUCAGCAGCAGUGUAGGUAAAAGUAUGUAAAAGUUUACAAAAAAAUAUACACUGUUUCCCCUCAGAAACCCAAGCGAGUACAGAAUUAGAGGGUGCGUUACAGCCUCUUUGUGAAUGCAAGUGUAAAUUCUUCAUCAAAAUGUAAUGAUUGCACUCAGAUGGAUUCAAAUGUGGUGCUUGUGAAAGUGUGAGUUGCGCUAUGCUUCUUGUAGAAGCCAGUUUAAUGUUUCCGGUGGUUGAAACAGCUAUGUCAUAAGAGAAAAAUUGAAUGUGUUUUAUUUUGAUACUUGUCUACGUCUCUUGUCGCAGAUCCCAGCAAACACAAUCUACAAACUUGUGUGUCUUUUUUAACAUGGGUGAGCAAUGUGAUGUGAAUAAACGAAGAUCAACUUCC